UUUACUGAUGCCUAUAAAUGCGCGCAAGUCAUCAGCACAACACCCAUAGAGCUUAGCAAAGCAAACCAAGCGACCGCGUUCGCGACGAAAGAAACAGGUCCCACGUAAAAAAACAAGCAACUGGGGAGGCGCAAGACACGGACGCUAUUUGACCCGAAGCAGAGCUACUGAACGGGAAAGGAUGUUACGUUACCUGCCCCAGGCACUACGGCGCCAUAGACAUUAAGUCUGCGUCCAAGACCACACGCCGUUUGGGCAGUCGGCAUCUCAAUAGUAGCCUGGUGAACUUCGUCUUGUAAGGGACCCUACUCAUGGAUGGUAUGUGGCUGUUCGUUGGAUCGCUAUUAGCACUCGCUGUCGCGGAGACGGUGACCACCGAGCAGAAGUACAGGGUUGCGUACUUCAAGCAAAAGGUGGACCACUUCAGCUUCAGCAAUCGGGAUUCAUUUCGUCAGCGUUACCUGGUAUACGAGGACCACUGGAACAGGAAUGGCGGUCCUAUCUUUUUCUACACUGGAAGCGAAAUGAACGUCGAAGUCCUCGCUAACCAGAUGGGCAUUAUGUACGACUGGGCAAAGGACUUCAAGGCUAUGCUGGUGUUCGCAGAACACCGCUAUUAUGGCGACUCGCUACCCUACAGUGAACGAUCCUUCAGCUCGAGGCAGAGGCGAGGGUACCUGACGACGGAGCAAGCACUGGCCGACUUUGCCUACCUGAUACAGCACAUCAAAAAGACCGCACCUGGCGCCGAAAAGAGCAUGGUGGUGACCUUCGGCGGGGGAUACGGCGGCAUGCUGGCUGCCUGGAUGCGCGUCCGCUACCCGCAUCUGGUCAAAGGAGCCUACGCAUCCAGUGCACCCAUCGCGUACUACAGCAACGAGGUUGCGUGCGAAAAGUUCCCGCGCGCCAUCACCGACAGCUACAAGAGCCAGUCGCAGAACUGCGCCGCCAGUAUCCGCAGGUCAUGGACCAUCAUGGACAAAAUGGCAGCUACAGAUGAUGGACUGAGCUUCCUCACUGAGGCGUUCCACUCGUGUCAGCGCUUGACCACGGACAGCAUUCCGCACUUGUACCAGUGGCUGAAGGAAGCCUACCAGACCAUGGCCAUGCUCGACUACCCCUACGACACAGAGCUGUUCGGAAAGCUGCCGGCGCACCCGGUCAAGGAAGCCUGUAGAUUCCUGUGGAACCCAUUGCAAACAGGUGAAGACCUCGUACGAAGCCUGCACAAGGCGGCCUCCAUACUGUACAACAGUUCCGGAAAUGCCGCAUGUUACAGCAUCGACGGCAACAUUGGAGUUCACGCGGGCUGGAUGUUCCAGACCUGCACGGAACUGGUGAUGCCCGAGUGCACCAAUGGUGCAGAAGACAUGUUCAAACCGAAGAAGUGGGACGUCCGGAAGCACGCCAAGAGGUGUCAGCAGCGCUUCGGAGUAACGCCAGAUCCUGGACGGCUGAAGGUGCUUUACGGUGGCACUGACUUACAGGGCAUCUCCAACGUAAUAUUCACAAACAACCUGCGGGACCCGUGGUACUAUGGCGGCAUCCUGUCCGGCAACGAGGCCACGACCUCGAUCGUGGUGCGGAACGCCGCCCACCUGCUCGACCUGCGGAAGCCGAACGACCUGGACCCCGUGUCGGUCGCCUGGGCCAGGACUCGAGCUAAGGGAACGCUGUGGCGCUGGCUCACACCGAAGCUGAACUUUUUCGGAUAGACUCAACGUCUCCAACGCGCCGUUCCCGUGCAUCUGUCUAGAGACCUUGCAGAUUUCUAGAAUGAUCGCCUCGGUGUUCGAAAGUGAAGAAGAUUUCUGCGUGAAUCAGACAAUCACGAAAGAAAUACACGCACUGACCGGACUACUAGCUCCUUGCGCGAAUCAGACGAACUUUUGUUGUAGCCUCAUUUGCGCAAGUCUUCUUAUCUACUGUCAUGCACGAACCAGCCCAACAAGUUCUCAACCCACACACACACACACACACACACAGAGUAAUAUAGGAAGGCAGGGAUGUUAACCAGUCAAUAGUCUGGUUGGCUACCCUACGCUGGGGGAAGGGAGAAGGGGAAGCGAGAGAAGGGAGAGAGAAGGUGUAGAGACGUGUACGGACAGCACUUGAGUUAAAUCCACUCGCGCAAACCAGAAGUUCUGAGAAAGCACAAAAGUGUCUUCACUGCCUUCUGAGCCGAUGACCGGUCGGGACGGUGCUCUAGUACUGUCUGUUCACUCAGAGGACGAUCAUCUAAUUUCCUCAAUGUGUUGGACAAAGAUUGUCUUUGUGCUGGAAAUUGAGGACAAUGGCACAAUAAUUGGUCCACGUUCUCCUCGCAUCCGCAAACAUCACAUGCAGGACUAUCAGCCAUUCCAAUUAGUGUUGAGUAGGCAUUCGUGAAUUCUCAACACAGGGUGCUCAACAUCGGUAUGAGCAUGUUCUCAAAGUGGGAGCAGCCAGGAAGUUCCACCAUUCUCAUUGUAAUAAACAAACAUCGUAAAAUAAAAUGACGGUCCUGUUUCUUCUUCUUCAUCAAAUAGUAGUGUGGGAGACGUAGAAGGCUGCUUCGGUGUGGGUACAUGCCAGUAACAUUUAGGGGGCUCUGCGUCUGGUAAAGAGAAGGCAGAUUGCAUGGUCUACUAUACAAUACUGGGGGAGAGGGGGGAGGUAACAUUAUCGUCAGCCCCAUCAUCACUAUAACGGGUUCCUAAUUCCAAAUGCAAUAAAAUACGCAAACACAGGAAAGAAGCAGUUUGCUACCCUGCGCGGAGGUAAAGGAUUAUAUAUAUAUAGAGAGAAGAAAAGAUGCUGGAAUUUAUUGUGACACGCAAGACGGUGACAGUUAUGUCAGAUAUGCCCGUUAUAGUAAAGAAAAUAUGCAAAAGCAGCUUUUAGUCCUGCUGUGUGUAAGACUUCAGCAUAUUUUAGUCUUGGCACCACUGAAAACGGCACCGGUAUAGACCGGCAGACUACUAAAUAUUCUUUGCUGUAAUGGUGACCCAGUGAAUACUCGCUUAGGCGAGAGCCGAGAUGGUCAAUCAAUAGUUAUUUUUUCUUAUCUAUCCUUAAUUUUAUAUUUUAACUUCACGUCUUACUUAAUUUAUGGUACAAAGACUUUAAUUCGCACUUUGUUCAUCGCUUUUGGCGCUACGUCAUUCGUUUACGUGAGGCGCAUUCGCAGUUUCCCGCGCGAAAGAAGCGCGAUUUGCAUUGCGUGUAAUCUUCGAUAGAUGGCGAGACAAUUCUAAGCGCGACACCGUUCCACUCUGACGCGCAUCGCA